UUACUAAAACCUUGCGAACCAUUAAAAAAAAGAAGAUAAUUACUAAAACAAACUCCAUAAGAGAUCAAAACCUUUACAAAAAUGUCUUCAAUUGCUCUUAGAUCUCGAGUAGUUUCAAUUGAUUCCAGUUCAAAGAUCAUUUCUCGAAGGGUUUUAAGUUCAGGGGUGACUUCCUCUUCUUCAUCCUCUUCUUCAAAUCCUGCUAAAGAAGCUGUCAUUCCUUCACAAUCCAUUCUCUCCGAUCAGCCGACACCUCCUACUCCUACUCCUCCUCCGCCAGCGCCGGAAGCUUCCCCACAGGUUUCUCGGAGGAAAUCAUGGAGCUUUCUCAAGUAUGGUCUUAUCUCCGCUGUAACUGGAACUAUUGGCUAUGCCGGUUAUCUCUCUUAUAAGUGUUCCUAUGAGGAAGUAGAUCAGAAGGCAAAGGCAUUGCGGGCUGCAGCGAGUUAUACUCCUAGUGAAGAUGCAUCUUCUGUUGAAAAAUAUCGAGGCAUGCUCUACUCUACUGCAAUGAAAGUUCCAGCUAAAGCACUUGAAUCUUACCUGGAUCUCAGGAAGAAAGUGGAAGAACAUGUGACAGAAUUUACUGAACCAACCUCAGAGAAGCUUCUUCCUGAUUUGCAUCCCCAAGAACAUGUUUUCACACUUGUCCUAGAUCUGAAUGAAACAUUACUUUAUACAGAUUGGAAGCGAGAGAGAGGCUGGCGUACCUUCAAAAGACCUGGAGUUGAUGCCUUUUUGGAACAUAUGGCAAAGUUCUACGAAAUUGUUGUCUAUUCUGACCAGAUGAAUAUGUAUGUCGAUCCUGUUUGUGAAAGGUUGGAUCCUAACCAUUAUAUACGAUAUAAACUAUCAAGGGGUGCUACUAAAUAUCAGGAUGGAAAACAUUACAGAGAUCUUUCAAAGCUUAACAGGGAUCCAGCCAAGAUUCUGUAUGUGAGUGCUCAUGCAUUUGAAUCUAGCCUUCAACCAGAAAAUUGUGUCCCUAUUAAGCCGUAUAAGCUUGAGACAGAUGAUACAGCACUUUUGGAUCUUAUUCCAUUUCUUGAAUAUGUGGCCCGCAAUAGUCCAGCUGAUAUCAGACAAGUACUGCAAUCUUAUGAAAGAAAAGAUAUUGCAAAGGAGUUCCUUGAGCGUUCUAAAGAGUAUCAAAGGAGAAUGCAAGGACAGAGGCAGCAAGGUCGUUUCUGGCGUCGAUGAGGAAAGAGUCUUGUAUAGUAUGGAGUUAUGUAUAGUUGAGGAUUGUGGAUUUCAGAAACCGUUAUGCAGGAUGAAUCCUAAAGAAUAUGAAAGACAAUAUUGUUCAAGUUU